AUGAACUUGAAAACUUGCCCUCGCCAAGAUGGCAGCAGAGAGUUGACGUGUCUGACGUAGGACAGUGACGUGGAAGUAGAGGAGUAAGAGGAAAUAACGCUAAGUGGGGAAGAAACCACAGCUGGUGUCCCACUACUGACUUUUUUUUUUUUUUUUUUUGCACUCUUACUUGGUUUGAAGGACAGAUUAAUGGAUCUUCCAGAAGAAAUCCUUGCACAUAUUUUCUCUUUCCUGUCACUGAAGGAUAAAUGCAAUGCCUUCCUGGUGUGUAAAACGUGGUCCAACAGCUUAACCUGCUCAAGUGCAUGGACACACGCUGAGAUCAUGUGUGAUUCUAGAGACUGUGUUCCUCAGAGGUUCUCUGAUCGUCUACCAUGUAUUAGACAUUUAAAGCUGAUUGUCAGUGUGGAUGAACCUGCUCAUCGACAGACUGGUCUGUGGGUUCUGCAACAGGUUCUAGCCAGGGGUCAUGGCAGACUGCGCAGGUUAUGCGUCAGCUGCUUGGGGAACCCACCUCUGUUUUACUCAGGACAGGACCUGCUGCACGGAUUGGUGGAUGUCUUGAACAGCGGUUCGUCCCUCAUGGCCCUGGACAUGAGGGGUGUUCCGUUCACCCUGAAUGACAGCUGUAUCAAGUGUAUAGCUGCUCUCUGCCCUGCCCUGCAAAGUCUCUUCAUCAAUAACAGUUCUCUGGUGUGUGGAGUCGUCUCAGAGACAAUCAGGUACGUCCUGAAAAGCUGUCCAUCGCUGAAUACUAUCGGGCUCUUCCAAGCCAGCAUAUCUCACGAUGUCCUCCGAGACCUCCUCGAACCCCAAAGAACAAAACUAAUGCUGCUGGAGUUGCGCUGCGAGCGCUCGCUGAAGUACGUCACGCCGCUUAGCGAUCAAAUCUGGGCAGACGUGAAACGCAGGCAUCCCGGUCUAAGAGUAGACCUGGAGCUGGACCACACGCUUCCGGAGCUCCAGGUUCCCAGCGUUCUUCAGCCCAGCAUCCCUGUGAGACAGCUCCGCCUCCACACGUGGACUUGUCUGCUGGACGAGUUACGUCUUGUGGCUCAGAGUUACGCAGGAACGCUGGAGGUGCUGGAACUACAGACCACCGCUUCCCCAGAGCUCAACACGGUGCUGGUCUCCAUAGCAACGCAGUGCACAAAACUCUGUGAGGUUCACUGUUACUGUGUGGUUUCGCAGAAUGUGAUAGAAGCCUUCUGCUCAUUGUGUCCUGACUUACACAGAUACACACUGAAAACGCGUAAAGAGCUCCACCCGUGGACCUGCACCACUCUUAGAUAGCGCACACACACAUUUGUACACUUUACACCGCUGCACUGCUGAAUUCUGGAAACUGAUUGGUCAGUGGGUGUUUGUUAAUUCUCUAAAACAGCAGCUCUUGAUAGUUAUUGGCACAAACAGCUUUACAUACUUAAUGUGCUUGUUUUAAUACUUUAUAAUUGUUAUCGCAGCAGCUCGUUCACAAGGGCCGUGUUCAGUCCACUGCCAAACAGAAUUAUUUUUUUUUUAUUUCUAUAACAGCACGUCGGUACUUCAGAGUGAAGUCAGAUGAGAUUUUGUUUGCGAGUUGCAAAGUAUUCAUAGUGUAUAUUAUGAUAUUUUAUAUUAUAGACUAGUUAAAUAUUUAUGAUUAUAUCACUGACAUCUAUGUUGGAGAGUUGUUUUCUUGAUUCUUAUUCACAUUUAACUCAAGUUUGAGUCUUUUUGAAGUUUUUGUGGUUAAACACACUCUUGAAGGCAUAAACGGUUUCAUUUCGCACCACUUUGUUACCCUAUGGACAUUUCUAGGUAGAAUUCAUUAGAAAGACAAAACCAUUAGCCAGCUUUUUAGACUUCGAGGAAGUUUUUUUUCCCCCAAGGCUUGAAUUAUUAGAUACAGAAAAGAUUUUAAAUAAAUUAACAAGAGCGUAUAAAUGGGGGUGCAAACCUCUGAUCGUCUUAAAGAAACGUUUAUGGAAUAUACACAGAAAACACUAUUGUGAUAUGAAUGAAACAUAAAUGUUUAUUAUUGUACAUAAACUUUAUAACGGACACGGUUUAUUAUUUAUUCACCCUGAAUCCACAGGGGUGCAAACUUAUGCACUUUUGUUACACCGUAACAUGCCGUUCUUGCUGUAUAAAGUGUUGAUUAAAGUCUUUGUUGUUCA